AUGAGUAAAGCACAUCCACCAGAGUUAAAAAAAUACAUGGACAAAAAGCUGUCUCUUAAAUUGAAUGGCGGGAGACAUGUGGUUGGAAUUCUUCGCGGUUUUGACCCAUUUAUGAAUAUGGUGAUCGAUGAAAGCAUCGAAGAAUGCAAAGAUGGAUCUAAAAAUAACAUUGGGAUGGUGGUAAUUCGAGGAAACAGUGUCAUUAUGCUAGAAGCAUUGGAUAGGAUAUAA